UAAUGGUUGUUGGGACAAUAGCUGCGGUAACUGUUGUAUGCAUUGGUGGAGCGAGAAUUCAGCCAAUUACUGCUGGCGCGACGGCUGGAGGAACAAUUGGAUCAACCGUCCAAGGUGCUGGAAAGGGUUCAGCAGUGAAAAAAGCUGUGUGUGUAGGAACAGCUGCUGGGGCGAUAGCUGGUGCUGUAGCAAAUGCCGGAACGGAUGCAGGGACGGGUGCUGUUGCAUCUGGUGCAUUAAUUGGUGGUUUAGCCGGAGGAACAGUCGCUGCCGGAAUAGGUGGUGUAAGUGUUGGAGUUGAUUCGCUUCUUGCAAAUAUGAGCGCUGAUGGCUUAGCAUUGUUAGCAGUUGGUGCAAGUGUUAAUCAAGAAGAUGAUGAAAUAAGCUAUGAUUGUUGGAAGCCUGUGGUGCAUGAUACGUCUCCGGAAAGAUCAAAUGGGAUGCUCCUCAAAGACAUGGUGUGCCAUCCUAAUGUUGCAAACGUUACCAUGACAACGGGAAUAUGUGACAGCCUUCCGAGUAUCCUCAUUGAAAAUAUUUGGAACGAAACGUUUGAGAUCGAAUAUGUAUUUGUACACAAUACGGGCAAGAUAGCGUGCCAUGCUAAACAUCUUUGAAUUUGAAAUAGAUAUGUGUAUAUUUUCAGAUGAAAGAAAGUUGGAGUUAAAUGGUGUGCACUAUUUUUUACUUCCAGGAUUAUACAAAGUGUUUGCAUUUAUUUCGAGACAUUUUAGAUGACAUAUAAUUUAUUUUGUGUUAUAUUUGCAUUUGCAUUUACAAAAAAAGAAGUCUAAAACUUUUGAUCUGAUUAUUUUAUUAAAUUAAGAUCUUAUUA